AUGAUGAAACCUAGACUUCCCAAAAUAAUUUAUAAUAACAAGGCAAAAUCUAUAUUGGGUGAAAUCAACAAAAUUCUGGAUUCCAAAAUAACAACUGCGGCCUCAGUACCGGAAGCCAACAGACCACCAUCUGCUGCUGAGCUGGAAUUCGAAAGGGUUCAUUUGCUUUAUGAUGGAAUGGACCCUAUGAUGAAACCUAGACUUCCCAAAAUAAUUUAUAAUAACAAGGCAAAAUCUAUAUUGGGUGAAAUCAACAAAAUUCUGGAUUCCAAAAUAACAACUGUUAAAAAUGUCCCAGUCACGCCAGCAUGGCACCGCCGAAUUACUAAUAAAAUCGAUAGUAUCAGGCGGGACAUAGGAAUUCUGACACAAAAUCAAAGCUUGAACCCCAGCAGCUCAGUCACUAAGAAAGCCAAAGCCAUUCUUGAAAGGGAACAAAGCCUCGAAAAUCCAACAGCAACAGAAAUACUGGAUCACCUUAAACAAAAACUCAAGGCUAUGGCUAAAAAACUCCGAUGGUAUAAGGAAAGCAACACAAGACGUCAACAUAAUAGUCAGUUUAGCAGGACGGCCUCAGUACCGGAAGCCAACAGACCACCAUCUGCUGCUGAGCUGGAAUUCGAAAGGGUUCAUUUGCUUUAUGAUGGAAUGGACCCUAUGAUGAAACCUAGACUUCCCAAAAUAAUUUAUAAUAACAAGGCAAAAUCUAUAUUGGGUGAAAUCAACAAAAUUCUGGAUUCCAAAAUAACAACUGUUAAAAAUGUCCCAGUCACGCCAGCAUGGCACCGCCGAAUUACUAAUAAAAUCGAUAGUAUCAGGCGGGACAUAGGAAUUCUGACACAAAAUCAAAGCUUGAACCCCAGCAGCUCAGUCACUAAGAAAGCCAAAGCCAUUCUUGAAAGGGAACAAAGCCUCGAAAAUCCAACAGCAACAGAAAUACUGGAUCACCUUAAACAAAAACUCAAGGCUAUGGCUAAAAAACUCCGAUGGUAUAAGGAAAGCAACACAAGACGUCAACAUAAUAGUCAGUUUAGCAGGAGUGAAAGGAGCUUUUAUAAGAAUUUAGAGUCUGAAGAUCACGAGAUUGAAACCCUGCAAGAAAAUAAGGUCCCCACACCAGAAGCCAUGAAAAAGUUUUGGGAAUCAACCUGGGGAAACCGUGUGAUUCACAAAAAUACCAGAUGGCUGUUUGACGAGAGGACAAGGGUUCAUAUCUGCUAUCCAAGAUCAGGUCAUCGCAACUAA